UUCAACUCGCUCCUUGAAGGAUUCGCUAUUGUUCUUUGAACAAAAAAUACAACAUCGAGUUUAUCAUAAAUAAACACUCGUACUCAAAUGGCUUCUCGAAUGUAAUAAUACUUUUGUAAGACUAUUUACAUAGCUGAAUCGUAAAGUUGACACAACGAUUAUGUAUCACGUCGAACGUAAUAAGUAAUUCGAUAUAAACGAGUUACGGUUAAAAAGCGUGCGAUGAUGGUCAAUGACAGUGACGUUGACAGCUGGAAGACAGAAUCUGAAUGUAACGGAUUCGGUCAAGGAGACGGUCCGAACUGGCAAAGAAAGAUUGCUCUCAUCGAUCAUCAUGUGCAUUCCAAUGGUACUUACGGGGAUGCAACUUUGACACGAACGAAAAUUUCGAAAUGUGGUUCAGAAAUCCGGUACAUCAAUCCCGCCAUUUACACGGAAUCUGUCGACGAAGAGAAGCGCAAUGCAGCGACUCGCAGACCUGAAAACGAUCGUAAGCAGGAAGAUCGUUGUAAAGUUUUAAUAAUAUUUUAUCCAACUAUAAGAAUUUACAGUUUUAUCGAAAGAAUUUUUAUCGAUCUUCGCAACUCAUCUCUUCUUGCAGAACAUUGUGAUGAGCAAACGAUCGACGCAAAUCGCGACGAUUUCAAUUCUUCGACGAUCGAUCUACCGUCCAUCGCGAAGAAUGCAACGAGCGAUGAUCAUGCCGAGCAUCCGGUCGGUACUGGGCAAAAUACGUACAGGUGUUACUCAACGUCCUUUCCGGACACCACGUUGUCCCUUGAACCAUUAACAGCUCGAUCCGCAGCCUCGUCGGGGACGAUCACGCGAAUAGAACGACGAUGCAAGAUCAGUAGCAUCCUGGCGAACGUCGGCGAGGACGAAGCGACAAAACAGGACAAAUGCACUUCGGACAAUCGGCAAAUUGUGCGAAUUUCCGCGACAUCUCUCGCAAUCGACUCGUCGAGCGCCAGCGACUGUCAAAUGACGGACAUGCCGAACCUCGGCAGAAGGAUUGCCCAUUCGGAAUGGAUCCGCAGGAAACACGAGGCCGCGCGGCGCAAAAAGGAAGAGGAGGAACGCGCGGCGAAGAAGCGGCAGGAGGAAGAAAAACGGGUGGCGCGCGAAAAAGAGGAGAGGGCUCGGCUGGAAAAGGAGAACUUUCUCAAGUGGGUGGAGACGAAGAAGCGGCAGGAGUUGGACAGAAAAGCGAUGCUCGAGAACGAAUUGGAAUUGCAAAAGCGCCUGAAGGAGAUCGAGGAUAAAGCCGCCGUCGCGAAGGCCCUGUACCUCCGUCAGUGGGCUCAUAAAAAGAAGGAGGAGCAGAAGGCGCGACAUAAGGAGCAGGAGACGCGGCAGAGGAAGAUAAACGAGGAGCGCGAGAGGAGGCUGGAACAGAGCUCGAAGGCUUACGAGAAAUGGAGGGAGAAUUCGAAGAAUAAACCUAAGCCCGCCACGCAAGGGCUGCUGCCUCAUCAGAAAGCGAAACCGGCAUACGUAAACCCGAUUCCUUGGCAAUCAAUCGUGGAUCCCGAUUCCGACGAAGCGCGAGACAAUGCGUUCAGCGAAAAGAAGGAGAAUAUAAAUCAGCUGAAGACGAAUCGGCAGAAAAACGAUGGCGCAUCAGUGAUUAAGAGCUGAAAUAAUGAUUUGUGAAACAAUUUCUCUCCGCCGUUUCAUCUAAAACACGAUCUAGUUACGAGAAUCUUUAGCGUAGCAAAUUUAUUAAAGAGUCUUUGCGAGAAUCUUGUUCUUCAAUUUAAUUACAAGCUUCAUUUGAGGCUUAAUUGCCAAGAUAUUUAAUUACAAAGUUGCGAGAGAUAGCGUCUUCCGGGAAAUUGUCGCGAAAGAGAAUUUUACAAAAUUUUACAUUCUCAUACAUCAUUCUAUCAUGAUACCACCUCCUCCCCCUACUUACAGGCGAGCAUAAGGGUGUGUAAGGGCGAUAUGAUAUCACAAUUUGAUCCACAUACGUCAAUUUGAUUGAAGUGACUUUAAUGAUAUAGGUUUGCUCACACGUUUAAUGACAACCUGUGCUACAAUAAUACAAAGUAUUUGAUUAUAACAAGACAAAGCAGACCUCGUGACUUUGUAAUCUGUAUCUCUCUUCCUCCUUCUCCACAAGUUAGUUAUCAAACUAUUACACCACCGGUACGCCCCUCUAACGAGAGAAGAACACACCUACUAUUUCGCAAACCGUUAAUUGUAUAGUACGAGAAAUAUCGUGAGAGCCUCUCAUCGCCUAUUUGCCAUACGUAAGACACAUUAUUUCUUCCUCUUUUCUUUCUUUUUUUUUUUCUUUUGUUUCUCUUGGACAACAACUCUUCCUCUAAACAAUGUCUUAGCUUUGCUUUUGUUCACACACUCGUCACCAUGUUAUAUACAAUAUGCACAACACUUGCAUCCUUACAAAGCGCAUCCUACUGUGUAAUUUACAAUCGAAAUGGCAAAUGACAAUCGAGUAAUCGAGAGCAGGGUGUGUAAUCGUUUACGUAUAUGUACGAAUGUGUACGUAACAAUCAUAUAUAUGUAGGUAUAUAUAUAUAUAUAUAUAUAUAUUUUUAUAUAUAUAUAGCGGUAGAUAUUGCUUUUUAUACAUUGUAUCUUGGUAUACACAUGUACAUGUAACUUACAACCUACGCUUUUUAUUCUUCACAUAAUUUUCGCUGACCGUUUUUUUCAAAGAGGGAAAGGCAAUAAAGCAGCGAUUUUUGUGAAGAUAAAUGCGAAUGUAUACAUUAACGGCGGCGAUAGUACCUUUCUUUGUUCAUUGCUAACGCAAUUAUUCCAAGUCGAUCGAUCGAGUAUGCAAUCUCGUUACGGCUCUGUUCAAUUGACUUUUACGUCACGUACGAUAGAAAAUAAAUGUUACAUCUACAAUUUCGUCCGCGAGAUCUCUAUAAAAAAAAGCCAUAAUUACGUAAAAUGCGCAAAAAAUGAGUAAUGGAAAAUUCUUUCACUUAUUUUGCUCUUAUGAAAGAAGUUCAUUAUUUUAUUAAAAAGAAUUGAAUUGCGCAGUGAGAAAUGUGAAAUUUCAAUUUCAAAUUUCUGAUUUCGAAGUUUGUAGCUUCGUAACAUUACAAGUAAAUGCUUAUCGGUUUCCUUUAAUGCAUUUGAUGUAUUUUACAGGAAACUCUUUUACAUUUUCUUGUUAUUCUCUGAUCGAUGGAUUUUUUAAUAUCCGCGUUACACCUGCAUUACGGCGGAAUAUUGCGACGAAAAUUCCGUAAAGAUGAUUAUCGUGCGAAACGAGUGUUCCGUGAAAACGAAAGAAAUUCAAUUCGACGCAACAUCGACGACAUACUAGAAAAAUAUCGCAUAAUAUAUAUAUAUAUAUAUAUGUAUGUAUAUAUAUAUUCGUGUUUUCGAUAUAUUAUUUAUUAUAUGUGUCCAUCUAAAUCUUUAAAUCUCCGGCUUUAUAUAAGGUGCGUUCGCGUAUCAAGUAUAAAAGUCUUAUCGGGCUCUAAUACGUAUAUAUAUAUUUAUAUGUAUUUAUAUGUAUUCAUACGCAUUGUAUGCAUCAAAAUAAGUGAAUCUUUCGCGUUUGAUUCCCGACUCUUUACGGAAUUUUUUCACGACUGGGUGCGGGGGAGAAAGGGUCGGAGAUUUAUAACAAGUGACCUAUAUAUUUUUAUCUAUGUUAUUUACACACGACGAUCAGAAUAUCAAAAGGGUGAGUAAAAUCUACGUGCAUCCUAAUCUGAUGUUUAUCUCAAUGACACUAAUUUUCGAUAAACCGCGUGAUUCUCGGCACACUAUCACGCAUAGAGAUAUAUAUAUAUAUAUAUUGUCUCUAAUACUAUUUAAUAAAAGAAAGUGAUUAAUAAUUGUAAGACGAAAUAAAUGACAAUAACGUGCUAUUUCUCAAAGGAGUAAAUUACUCUCGUUUGACAGUGCAUUAAUUUUCCCAGAUAAUUUAGAAUCGAUUUUUUCUCCGUGAAGAUAGAGCGCGGUCGUUAUGACUUUCCAAUUUUUAACACUACACAUUUUUAUAAUAAAGUCUUAAAUUUAAAUUCUAUAAGUCUACCUUACUAAAUUAAUUGAAGAACGUGGUUUUACUUAUUUACUUGCAUUUUUCUACAGCUUAGUUUAUGAAGAGGCCGUUAUUUUUUACCGCGUUACUCAAAAUCCAUUGAUACCUGGUCAUUUUCAUAGAAGAUCGACCCCAAAUUAUCACGAAAGUCUGUCUUUAAGAGAUUUUUAGCGACGAGACACUCCGUAUAAUAAGAGUAAAUUAAUUAACAUUGCCCGUGAUUAUAAAUUAGACUUUAGAAUUGAUAAGAAUAUUCUUCAUAACAAGAAUAACGUACAAAAAAAAAAGAGGAAAAUAUUCAAAAAUCUUGAAACUGAGCCCUAAACUGAGCGAGAUUAAAUUUUCAAGAAUUUCAAGAGUGAAUUUCCAAGAAUCAUCUUCCUUUAGAGUUCACUGGUUUCACAUAAGGGUGUCUCAUGAUUGCAUCGUUGUUCACGAUACAAUCCUGAGGCACUUUAAUCCCGCAGGACGAAUUGAUUUUGAGCGGACCAUCCCCGCGUAGCCGUCCUCCUUCUCUCUUCCCCUCCUCUCUUUUUGUUGCGGAGAGAAUCAAGUUGCCAAGCGCGGUAUUGAGACAGGGUGCAGAGACAAACAUAUAAAGCAAGAAAAAUCGAAGGUGCAAAAACCGAGUGAGCGAUCGGGUGCGUUGGGUGGGAAAAGAUAGGGAUUAAAGUUGUCGGGGAAGAAUGAAAAUGUAUAUCUUUUUGUACGCAAUCGAGGAAGAUAUUGAUAGGCGGCGAUAUAUUUCAAAAACGAUAAAUGCGAGGGAAAAAGUGGAUGUCUAAAAAAACGGGACUUAUCUCGAAUACGAUGUGUGCAGAGGAAAUCUAUCAGAAAUAUCGAUAUAAUCUGAAAUAAAUUCGGCAGACUACGGACACUCUUCCCGCAAAAUGAACAAAACAGAUAAACAAAGUGCAAAAUUAUUUCAAACACGUUUGAUUUCAAUGAAUUAGAGGCAGGUUCGCGGAAGAGCAAUGAAGACAAAGAAAUGGGAAUAGAGAGAAAAAAAGAACUAACAUUUUUUGUGUAGGCGAAGGGAAGAGAGAAAGGGAGGAGAGAACGAGAACAGAGAAGAAAAAGAAGAGAGAGAGAGAGAGA